AUGGGAAAUUGUUACUCGUCUAAAAGUCGGGUCCAUCAGCUGACAGUAGCGGCCGGAAAUGGAGACUUCUUUCGGGACGCCCGUUCACCAUCCGGUUAUCUGCCGCGACUCGAAAAUCAUGCAAAGUCGCGUCAUGUAAACGGUAAUGUGUCUAAAGGCAGAAAUGGUUUGACAUCAAUGAGCGAACGCCACAAUGAUUCAGAUGAACCGGAAAGGGAUAUUCCAGGACCGGAAGGAGGGUUGUCGCUACGUAGGCGUCACGUUUCCCGCGAAGGUGGAACGCCCGAAUAUCAGCCGAAGCGUUCUAAAACGGAACAUCCGAUGAGCGCUGACACUCUCGAGUCUAUUGAUCUCUCAAAGGUGACCUCUGAGCAGGGGCUUCGUUCCACGACGAACACGAGCCGAGCGACCCUGGAUACUUUCUCUGUUACCAACACAAGUCGCAUUGAGCUGGAAAACAUAUCAGAGAAAGAUUCACAGAGUGCCGACGUACCGAGAGCCAACAUCCGGUACAGCACUCCAGCGACGCGAUCGCAGUCGUUACGUGAACCUUCCGACUCCACCCCGCUGCAGACGGCGCGCAGCCGCGGUCAAAAAGUCCAGACCGGAAAACCUGGCGGCGACAGGGAAACUCUGUCUCGGGGAAAGGAGGACCGAAUUCCGCCCAGUGUUAUUGCUAUUGAAAUCGGUACCAGUUCCUGUGGGUACGCAUACUGGUACAAUUCCCGCAACACCAUUUCCGUACCAGAGAGAAAAAUGCCGUCCGUUAUUUUGCUGAAUCCUGAUUCGAGCCUUAAUUCGUUCGGGCACGAUGCAAUGAAGAACUACUCUGAGAUACCGGAGGACAAACGCCAGGAGUACUUUUAUAUAGUACAGUUUAAGUCUUGCAUAUUUGCCGCGAAACGAAUAACUCAAAGACUAACCGUGUUUGACAGUUUGGGGCGUGCAGUGAACGCAUUCCACACAUUUUCUCUGGCAAUACGGUGGUUGAAGGAGCGGGCAACGGCAAACGUGGCGUACGACGAGGCCACUGUCCAUUGGGUACUGACCAUACCGGCUGUUUGGGCCGCAGACCUGCGGAGAUUUAUGCGCAGCGCCGCGCUGAGGGUCGGCAUACCGGAUGUUCGACUGGACAUUUAUCUUGAGCCUGAGGCCGCAUCAUAUUUCUGCAGAGAUAUGUACGUCGCUAUGAGCAACGAGAAGUUAACGCCGGGCAUCAAAUACGCCUUCGCCGACAUAGGGGGCGGGACGGUCAGUAUUUACGUGCACGAGAUCUUAAAGGGCUCAAAGAUCCGCGAACUGUACAGAGACACGCACCAUGGAUUGGCCGGGGAAGCCGUUAAUAAGGCGUACAUCCGGUUUUGGGUUGAUGUCGUGGGAGAGGAAUUAUGGGACGAGUUUCUGAGGAGGCACACCAACGCUUAUCUGAAAAUGCUUGUUACUUUUGAGAAGAAAAAGAUUGGAUUUUCGAGAAAUCGUGGAGAACGAACAGAUGUACUUCUCCCACCGGAACUUGACCAGUUACUGAAGCUACGGAAAUGGGCGUCAUUCGACGCUGUUCUGAAAAGAAAACCGAUGUAUACAGGAAGGGUACAGAGUAAAGAUGUCGACGGGAGCACGUUCGUCUUCUUUAGUAUUGACAUGAUGGAAGACUUUUUCGCCGAUGCAAUCGCUCAUAUCGUUGGUCGCGUCUUAAAAGCCAUAACUGUUUGUUUUGACUUUGGCAUCAUGGGUCUCGUGUUAACGGGCGGCUUUGCGCAGUCGCCGUAUCUUCUUGAGAGACUCGAAUUUGAAUUCGACGAACUAGACGUCCGUGUGAUCAUACCGGAAGAGAAAGAACUGGCGGUGCUCAAGGGUGCAGCAAUGAUGGGGAACGAUCCCGUUGAGAUCUCGGAACGCCGUUCGAUGUUCUCGUAUGGCUACAGCCAGGCGAUGUCGUUCGUCGAGGGGAAAGCGUUAAAUGGGACAGGUAAAACGCGGCGACUUUUAUUCCGGACUUUAGUGGAACGCGACCAGUGCCUCAAGAACAACACAAAACUGGUUAUUCAGGGACAGGAGGUAGUGAGCAACCCGAACAAGCUGUUCGCGCAGCGGCACACGCGCCUUGUGAAGUCGAGCUGCGAGCAUCCCGCCGGAAAGGAGCGAAACGGUAUGCGGGAAGAGGACUGUGAGGCGAUCUGCGAGUUCGUGCAUACCCCACCCACCAAUGGUUGGCCGAUACGUAUGUUGUACGAAAUGACUGUCUUAGCAAAGGAAACUGAACUGAAAUUCGUGUACGAGAACAAGACCACAGGGGAAAAGAUGAAGACGUACUUAUCGCUGUUGUGA